AUGGGAGUUGCGAAGGUCAAAUCCGGCAGUAUACCUCUCAUUGCUCUCAAGGUGUGCUAUUCGGGUUACCCGAAGUCAAACUUUCCAACCAAGUCGAUGCAAGCGCGUGCCACACCCCUUCCGGACAGGAGCAAGACGUUCACCAUCCAGGUUGACACCGGCAAAGUCUAUGUGUUCGUGACGACCGACGACAUUCACAAAAAGCUGGUGAAAGGUCUCCAGUCUGUCAUUGAUGAGAUUAGCAGCCCCGACUCCUUCUACUUUGACGCCACGGGUGUCCUGCGGCGAGUGACGAGCUCAAUCUUCGACGACCGAGGCAACGUUGCCCAACGAGAAGCCAUGAAAAAGGAGAGGCAAGCGCGGUUUAAGUUCCGGCAGGCCGAAGCCGAAGAGCGACUGGAACCUCUCCGACCGAAGGCUCAGUUCUUCUCGUCAGCUCACUAG